AGCUAGGCAAGGCUGAAAUUCUGGGAAAUUCAACAAGCUCCACCGCGCCAACUGCGACGCUUGCUUGUUCAACGCGACAAGCUUCCCAUCGACGACAAUUCACCACCACCACCGAUAUUCGCGACGACCAAAUCCGACUAUUUCCACCUCUGCCUGUCGCGCACUUACUAUCACAUCGAACCAAACGCCAUAUCAAAACCAAAAAUGACCUCCACAAUCGGCAUCCCCAUCAAACUCCUCAACGAGGCCCAAGGCCACAUCGUAACACUGGAAAUAACCUCCGGCCAAACCUACCGCGGCAAGCUCAUCGAGGCAGAGGACAACAUGAACGUCCAGCUCAAGGACAUCACCGUCACGGCCCGCGACGGCCGCGUCUCCCACCUCGAGCAGGUCUACAUCCGGGGAUCUCACGUCCGGUUCUUCAUCGUGCCCGACAUGCUCCGCAACGCGCCCAUGUUCAGGAGCAGGAACGUCAGGGGGAGGGGUGUCGGGUUGGCGAGGGGGAGAGCGACGGUUAGUAGGGCUAGGGCGAGCGGGGGGCCGCCGAGGGGGGGGAGGUAA